AUGAUCGUUUCCAGGGCCCUCCUAGCAGCAGCCACAUUCACCCUGACGGCAUCGGGGCUUCCUCAAUUCCACCCAACCACAGCUACCAAUAUCAACACCGGCAUAACAAUCAUCAACAACCUCAACACAACAAUCUACCUCUGGUCCACAGCCUCCAACGACCUCCCCAUCACCACCACCACCACCAUCCCCGCCAGCGGCGGAACCCACCACGAAACCUGGCAACCCACCCCCGACGGCAGCGGCGUAUCCCUAAAGCUGUCCACGACCGCGCAGAGCACCGCCAGCGUGCUGCAAUUCGAAUACACGACCGACGAGCCCGCCGCCACGCUGUUCUGGGACCUCUCGUGCAUUGAUCUGAGCGAGGACUCGGCGUUCGUGGGGGCUGGCUUUUCAGCGACCCCGGACUCGGGCUCGGAUUCGGACUCGAGUUGUGUCGCGGUGACUUGUGCGGCCGGGGAUGCUGGGUGCGCGGGCGCGUACCAGGUUUCCGAUGAUGAGGAUACGCAUAGUUGUUCGUCUGGGGUGGGGGUUUUGCUUGUGCUUGGGUGA